ACUGGGCGCACGUUCAUCACAGGCGGGCAGGUUAAAUAAAGUAUGUACCUAGGGAAUAGUAAAUCGCACUUUCCUUGCCAACUUCCAGCACAUGGAGCAAAUGGAAGGAAGCAAGGGAAGGCGCUCACCGUAUCCUCCGUUUCAGCCGUAUCGAAUAAUUCCACUUCCGUUGCUCAUCAUCUCUUUGAUAUUCUCGAUAUAAGCUUUAUUUCAUACCUACCAGGCUAUUACUCAUUCUACAUACCGGCUUCUGAUACUUGACUGAUAAUUUAGGGCGUCCUCCGAGCAAUGCCAAGUACUCUGUUCUGUGUUGUAUUGUGAUAUCAACUGUCCUCGAGAUAGCUACAGAAUAAAAAUCAUCAUCACACCUUGAUUCGUUGCCGGUGUAUACAAAAAUGCCUGCACAAGGUCUCAACACUAUUCUGUAUCAUGUGCAUCCAUACGCUCCAUCUUGGGCAUAGAAAUCAUCCCUCGAUUCAAACGAACCAUGGAAUAUGUUGACUGUCCAUCAACCACUAUAGAAAACCAUGUCAAGGCUUGCUCAACCCGUCUCCAGCUCUGACUCAAUCAUGCGGGUCUUGGUCCUAGAGAAAUGGAAGACAAAUUUCGCUAUUCAUUGUCCACCGAUUUUCUCGGUUUCUGAGCAAUAGCAUGAACAGGGUCUCCAGACGGUGCUCACCAUCGAUCUCCAACCCACCUGUUCCCUCAAUUGUCUGUAUCACCCAUCUCCACUCUGCCGAGCAAUUUGGUCUAGCACUUGGCCUCCUCGUGCAUCCCAAGGGUCACAAAGGGGCCAAAGUCAUGUGCACAUCCCUUUACUCCGUACAACUACUAGUAUGGCUUUCUUUGACUCGGCAGCUCGUUGUAUUGUUCCGGUGGCUGUGUACGGAUAUUAUUCUUAAUAAUAAAUAUUCUACAUACAUACGCAGCUCUAGGAUCUUCCACCAGAAUCCAAUCAACAUCCAAUGUCCUGCCGCCUCAUGUCACCGGCCUUGUUAAAAGCCCCUUGACAGCAGAACAGGCUUCUUUCCGAACUAUCCACUAAGUCCUUGUCCUGGAUUUCUCGCUUGAGCCCAGUGCCGACGAGUGCGCCGUGCCCAGGCGGCCAAGAUCAACACAAUUGACAUGGUCUUGGGUGGAUCAAUAUAGCAGAACCCGAGAUGAUGUUGUUAUGCCAGGACCAGAGCGUUUCGACAAGUGGCAGUCUCCAGCCAGUCGUCAGUGCUCUCCCCAGCGCAGAGGUCGUCUGCUGGACUGCAUGGCCCUGUCAUUGGCUUCUUGGCUCUGUUGUGUCUCCUGGCACCAUUUUGGCACUCAGAUGAACCACGGUGCGGCCCAUAGCUACCAUGAGGCUCUACUGUCUCAUGUUUACUGCAAUGGAUAUUGUGACAAUAGCUUGGAUUUGAACUCGUCUCAGGUCAAGGAUUGUGUUUUGUUUGAUUUUACGACACCAACACUGUUGCUGCUUUUCUCCCAGUCCACAGCGUAUCCCCUGUUCUGCCGUGGGAUGCACCCAACUGUCAGGUCAUGUCAUAUCAGGUCACGCUUCAGCUACCCGCACCAGCGUCAUCCUCUGACAACCGCUUCUAUCCAGUAACCUUAUGUAUCAACCCUCCAACAUGUCGUGGCUACGAGAGCCGGCCAUCAUGGAAACUCUACCGAGCACACCAUUACACUACAUACACAGCAGGUUGGUCUGGGAUCUGGUGAUUCCUUGCUCAUCGAUUUCUUUAACGUUACCUACCUUUACCUAAGACCAAAAGUUCAAGGAGAGACUGGUCUGACCUGGUUUCAAGCCUAAGCAUGGCCCUACGGCGGCUGGGCGCUAGCUAGAACGUCGUAUUAAACAGUACCCGCAUUGUGCCCUAACUCAAGGUACUCUGGCGAAUCAAUCAAUACGGUCGACUGAGGCAAGGGACUGGACCCCAUAAAAGAUACAUUGCCAUGCACGAAAGGUACCUCGCUGGACUUGUGAACCAAGCGCAUACUUUCUGAUUCCCAAGAUAGUAUCGGUACCUUACUUUGACCGCUAGACCCGCAACUCCUUGCCUCCACGACCCUUAUUCGCCUGUUAAGCUCUUUCACUUUCAAGAAUCACGAAUGAAAGAGGAGAAUGCUACCCUGGAGAUUGACCAACAUUUGAGCAAAUGCGAUCAAGAACGGAGGUUGAAUCCAAGGAUACGGAGUACACCCACCAAACGUUCAACGUGUAUUAAGUCGAGCUAUACAUAUGAUUACCAGGUAUUAGUACAUAUCACCCUGCACGCUCUCUCAUUCCACACACACAGCCAUUUCCAUUGUCCAACACGAACAUUAGAGGCUGUCUACCAAUUCACAGUGGAGGCACAACAAUGUCACGGUUCCGCGAUGUCACACUCAGGCCUUUCAUCAGCCACUCAGGAUUUGAUUCCAUAAUCGAGGGUAGACCAGACUACUAAUUGACCCCAGCCGUGGCUCACACGAUCGCGCUCUCUACCUCACCAUGCGUUCAGGUGACUCCCAGUUCAGCUACCGCCUUAAUCAACUCCAGCACAGAUUUGUGACAAGUUGGGGAUAGUAGAUCAGCCAGAGCCGCGAUCACCAAGCCAGCUUGGGCCGAUUACCGCUCAGAAGCCUCUGAUACUAGUGGAUCAGCUAUUUGGACUACGAUACGGAUGUUCAUUCCUUCAUUCCCUUGACUCAAGCAUUCCGAGACUACUUUUACUACUGAAAGUUAGGCACUCGGUUGACAAGACACAUACUAUCUAUCCAGGCGGAUGAAGGCCGAGACAAUAACAACUUUGCACAGUAUUCGUGGGCAGCGGCACGAGCGGUACAACCAAAUCUCUGGAUGUGCCAGAAGAAUGUGUUCCAAUCAUAUUCCACGUCUGCUAACUUAAACCGGCUGACGGUGGCUUUGUUAGACAGGAGCCAUGAGAAUGCCAUCAAAUUGAAGUUCACGUGCUUUAAGGGCCUCAAACUAUGGUUCCGUUUGGGGCUCCUUCUUUUCGUCUGAGCUGGCUCCCGAGGCGUUAUAAUUUUAACUGAUAUGAUCUUCCAUGAUCCUUCUCACCGUGUCGACUUGGCUCUAAUCUACAACCACCUCGUUUCGGAGAUUCGCACACCAAUAACCUUACAAGAAGAAGAGCAGGCUAACAGGCUAGGGGGUGAGGAAAUACAGCGGACGGGCUUUGGUGGGAGAUCAGCGAUUUUUGGUGUAAGCCAUUCCGCUGUUUUUCCUCACACCGAGGACAGGAUACCUUGAUACUUCUGGUGCACACCCAUGAUCACCAUACAUACAUACAUGAUGAUGGUCCGUGGCCGGUUGACAAUGCAAUCUAGGUCCACAUGCCCAUCAGCACCCAUAUUCAACCACAGCUCUCCACAUGCAGGAUUUCGGGUUGUGGGACCAACCCUGCAGCCUCUUUGUGUCUGGCAAGUAUUGGGACGUAAAAGGUUACGGAUGAUUUCUGUUGAACUCGAUCGCCAACGUUCAAGACGGUUUAUUUCUUCAAUAGCAAGCAGUGUUGCAUCGCGCCUUGGAACCCCGGAACAGAGCCCGAAGCAGAGAGUUCGUUUUGAUCCAGUGCCCACUGUGAUAAAAUUUUAUCCAGGGCACACCGACAUUCGAUGUUGAGAGUUUUGGGGUGGCAUCCCUGAUGAGCGAAGCUGAUCCCUUCUUCACUGUACUCCGUAGACCUGAGUCUGUUGAAGGGACCCUGUUCUAUUCAUGUCGCGGCUCAAAAUUUUGUCACCUCUUUAUACUGCGACUGAGCUUACUCGUUUCACGCUUGAUCAGUGGCCAUUUACGCUGGCCCCGUCAUUUACAGCGUGGCUAGACUCUCUCCUAUUUGAGGAUCAUGACUUAUUCACUAUGAGGAAUGAAUGAUAAUAAUUUUCCGUGGCUGUACCGUUAUCAACAAAAGAACGCUUGACCGGUCUUACUUGUACGUGAUUGAGAACGACUACUCGCACAUUUUCGCAUUUUGCCAAAUAAUAAGCUGGCAAAGCAGUUCCACGAGAUGAUCUUGUUUGAGGUUUUAUGCAACUGUGCAAUUUAACUGAUCCUAGCGGCCCUUUUUGUUGUGCAAUCCACAUUUUUAUUCUGUGGUUGUCGUGAUUCGUGAUUCGACUCGUGAUUUCAUGUGAGUGGGCUCUUGUAGAACCCGUUUUGACGUUUUGGAGGUCGAUCUGAUCAACCUCAAACGGUCGUUUCCCGCUACGAACGAUCAUGUGCUGUUCACAAGCUUCUGUUCCAUGCAUUGGCCACAACGGUGCCCGUCCUGUAUAUGUCUUGAACAGCGCUGCCGUUUUCAGUCAGAUGAUUUGGCGUCCUUUGCGUUAAUUCCUCCUCAUCUUGACAUGAUCAUUCCACUCGCAUAUUGGCGACCCCCGAAACACCGAUAUCCUUCGUAUAUCCCUGAUAAUAGUAUCGAUCUCAGAGAAGGUGCAUAUAUCCUACGGAUGCUUUAGGUCUGAACCGCAGUUUUCUAUAUUAGGCUUCAUCUUGUAGAAGAAUAAGAAUUUGGAAGCAGAAAUACCUUCGAAUUAGUCCCGGCAAAGACAUUGCAAUCUCUACCAUGGUAGCUAUCACCAGUUUAUGUACCUCGAUGCAAGUACGCCUAAGACAGAUGGAACCGAAGUUCCCGUUUGCAUGAUCUCGUGCGCAUGCGUGUCAUGAUCUUAUACACAGCCAACCUUGUUUAACCGCCCGGUCCGCCGUGCCUUGGAAUUGGUCGAGUCAGCCAUACAUACAUACAUCAAGUACAUGAUAGCAUAAGUUGAUGCGUGCUAUUCCAUGCCGGCUGUCACCCUUUUGCUGUCCCGGUCGGACAAUGACGACUCAUCUCGAGGACUCGAGCUUAUCCUCGUCGAGAAAAGAAACGAAACGUUGAUGCAAGCCCCACACCCUUGCAGAUUGAGCUACGGCCAUGUGCCAUGCUUUCAUGCCCACCACCACUUCUCUGAUGGCACCCAAAGCUCCCGGAACGGCUUGUUUCUCAUGUCUUUGCUUGGUUGGUGGUGUGUUGGACCCUUGUCCUGAUCUUGGGCGUAGACUAAAAUACUUGGUCCAGGUUAGCCCGUUCAUUGCUUGUCCUUGGCCCUAUCAAGGCUAUCAUGCACCACAAAGGUCUGUGCCCGGCAUGUGAGUGUGUAGGUGAUAAGGCAGAGAGCUAUUGUGAAUUUAGGCCUACCAUGCCUGAUUCGAUGAGAGAUUCCAUGCCUAGCGGGGACAUCUGCAUCUCGAGUUUUCUUUCUUGCCGGCUAGAUUUUCUGAUCUUGGAUCAGACGAGAGAUCUUCGUAUUAUUUCUCCCUUUCAACAUGGCACGCCCCGUGAUAUGUCAACCCGUCUAUCCAUAUCUUGUUUAAUAUGACCCUCGUAGGGUAUGCUGAACGGUGGUGAGAUUAAGCAAGGGUGCAAUACUGCGCAAAAAAACAAAACGCCGCUGAGCACCACAGUUUAUUGUACUUUGUUGUCAACACUGGGCGUAGAAGGUGUUGCGUAUGAUAGUAUAGAUAAUUGAUACAGGAACAGCGGAAUUGCGUCGGGGUCGGACCUGGGCCUAGGUAGCCAUGAUGCAGACACUAUAUAAGUUUGUCUCAACUUACAAAACACCAUAGCGUCUUGAGGCCAGUUCUUCGGGCUGUUGAGCUGUUGAAAUGCUACUGGGGAUUUUGGAGUCGACUGGAGUCUUCUUAGAGGACUCCGUAUUGGUUCGGCCGUGUGUUGAUGGAUCUUUGAUUGAACAUUUCGAUCUGCUUCGAUGAAGGACUCCCCAUGAGUGUUGCUCCGUAUGUACCAGAAUAAUGUCUGUUCUAGCAUGUGUCUAUCCCCAAUUCGACACGUCCUCAGUGCAAUAGGUACAUGCUUCGUUUAGUGUAGGUUUUGACCAAAGUGUACUGUUACGCAGGCCUCUGGACACUGGUU